AAAUAAACGAACAUUGAUAUAUGGUAACUGUAGUCACCAAAGUCUCAGUCUGGAACAAAGAGAAUAACGGGUUGCUGAUAUUAACCCUGACCUUCCUGAAGUUCCUCAACUCUACAACUUAUUGAGGCAUGAUCAGCAGAGGCAGCUUCCUCCUCUCCGCUCUCCUUCUCUGCUGCGGAGGAGAUGCCCAAGUGAGGUGCCCCCGCGGUCCAUGCCCACAGCCCUCCGACGAUGGUGAGUUGAUUUGCCCGCCGGGAUGGUCAGGGUUUGAGAGCAGCUGCUUUCGGUUUGUUCCUUCUGAGACAACUUGGGCCCAUGCUGAGCGUAACUGUAUGGCCAUGGGAGGUCACCUGGCCUCGGUACACAGCAGAGAUGAGUAUCUAUUCAUCCAGCAUCUGAUCCAAAGAGUCUCUAAUGGUGCACCAUGGACGUGGAUCGGAGGGACUGAUGCUGCUCAGGAGGGUGUGUGGUUUUGGAGUGAUGGGUCUAGGUUUGACUACACUCACUGGAAAUCUGGUGAACCUAACAAUAGUGGUGGAAAUGAGCAUUGUGUGCAUACAGUUGGAGAAUAUUGGAAUGAUGUCAAAUGUACGUAUUCGUAUGCAUCAGUGUGUUCCAUGGGCUGAGGAGGUGCUGUGAAAUGCUUCCAUUUCAAGAUUAUAAGCAAGCUCCCACUGACCUAAACCAUAACUAAUGUCAUUCAAGUGCAUGGUCCAUAAAUAUAAAGUAAAUUGAAAGCUGAAUUAUUGCUUACAUCGUUUUCCAGGAGGACAAUAUUUCAGUUGAGGACAUUUUUAAAUGAAAUUGUUAUUUCCAGAAAAUGUGCAUUAAAUGUUCAUGUUAUCUAAGUAAUUAGUAAGAAUAAUCUUGCCACUGCAUUUCAAUUCAGUUUCAUUUUCUAAUAUCUUUUGAAAUCAGUAGCACAGUGCAUUUUCACAAUACAAUACAUUUGAUGCCAAUGUUAAAAAUUAACACAAUUAAAAUUUUACCAAACGAAAA